CCUUCCUCCCUCCCUGCCGGCGUCCCGGAACCAGCCCCGCCGCCGCCUCCUGCCCUGGCCCGCCGGCAGCAUGUCAGCGCCCGGCGCCGCCUCCCGCAGGUGACACCCGCCCUUCCGCCGCCGCCGCCUGCCCUCCUAUAUGGGCCACCUGCUCUCGAAGGAGGCAAGGAGCCUAAGUCGGGACCGCCGCCGCCCGCGGGGGAAGGUGCCGCCGCGCAGCCGGAGCUGCUUCCUGCGCGGGCCCUGCAUGCUCUGCUUCAUCGUGCACGGCGCCAGCCCGCCCGCCCCGGAGCAGCCGCUGCCCGCCGGGGACCCGCUGCUGCCGCCGCCGCCGCCGCCGCCCUACGUGUCUCUGACCGCCGCAGAGCAGCGCGUCGCCCGCCGCCUCCUCCGCCUGGCGCCUGCCGCCUGGGAGCCGCCGGGCCGCUGCCAGCGCCUCCUUCUCUCCGGCCUGCUGCCCUCGCCGGUGCGGGGCCUCCUGGGGCCACCCGGCGAGGCGUCCGCCGAGAUGGUGUGCAAGCGCAAGGGGGCCGGGCUGCCCGCCUGCCCGCCCUGCAAACAGCCGCGCUGCGCCGCCGCCGAGCCCGAGCCCGAGCCCGGCGCCUGCCAGUGCCCGGCGGAGCCGCAGCUGCUCGCCCUGCCCGGCGCCGCGGGGGAGAGCGGCGGGGUCAGCGCCGGGCAGGGCGGCGGGGGACAGCCCACCUCGCCGCCGCCCCCUGCGCCCCUGGAGGACAAGGAGCAGGGCACGGCGGAGGAGAAGGAGAGAGGAGGCGAGGCGGGCUUCGAGGAGCCGCUGGAGCAGCCGGGUGACAGCUGCCGGGAGCCGCUGCCGCCGCCCACCCCGGACAUCAACCAACUGCCGCCCUCCAUCCUCCUCAAGAUAUUUUCCAACUUAUCUCUGAAUGAGCGUUGCCUUUCGGUGUCAUUAGUCUGUAAAUAUUGGCGUGACCUCUGUUUAGAUUUUCAGUUUUGGAAGCAACUGGAUCUCAGUAGUCGUCAGCAGGUCACUGAUGAGCUGUUGGAAAAAAUAGCAUCAAGAAGUCAGAAUAUUACUGAAAUCAAUAUCUCUGAUUGUCGCAAUGUAUCUGAUACAGGAGUAUGCAUAUUAGCAAUUAAAUGUCCUGGGCUCCUAAGGUAUACUGCCUACAGGUGUAAACAGCUUUCUGACACCUCUAUUAUUGCAGUUGCCUCUCAGUGUCCUCUUCUUCAGAAAGUGCAUGUGGGCAAUCAAGACAGACUCACCGAUGAAGGCCUGAAGCAGCUGGGUUCAAAGUGCAGAGAAUUGAAAGACAUACAUUUUGGGCAAUGUUACAAGAUCUCAGACGAAGGAAUGAUCAUUAUAGCUAAAGGCUGUCUGAAGUUGCAAAGAAUAUAUAUGCAAGAAAACAAAUUAGUGACAGAUCAGUCAGUGAAAGCUUUUGCUGAACAUUGUCCAGAGCUGCAGUAUGUUGGUUUCAUGGGUUGCUCUGUUACAUCAAAAGGAGUCAUUCACCUUACCAAUCUGAGAAAUCUGUCAAGCUUGGACCUGCGUCAUAUCACAGAACUGGACAAUGAAACGGUGAUGGAAAUAGUAAAAAGAUGCAAAAACCUUAAUUCUCUCAAUCUGUGUCUGAACUGGAUCAUUAAUGACAGAUGUGUGGAGGUCAUUGCCAGAGAAGGACGGAACCUGAAAGAACUGUAUUUAGUAUCCUGUAAGAUCACUGACUAUGCUCUGAUAGCCAUUGGGCGGUACAGCAUGACAAUAGAGACAGUGGAUGUUGGAUGGUGCAAGGAGAUCACGGACCGUGGAGCCACCCAGAUUGCGCAGCGCAGCAAGUCUCUCAGAUAUUUGGGACUGAUGAGGUGUGAUCAGCACUGGAAGAUGUUACUGUAACAUAGCAAUUUGCCAGAGGAGUACAGUUUGUGCUGUGAAGUUAAACCAGUUUUCUAGCCAAGUCAGUCUCAGCUAGAUGAAACUUCCAAUGAAGAUUGAGUGUUUCUAUUAUUAAAGUAGAAGAACUGGAUAUUAAACCUUUCAUUUAUCCUUGUCACUAGGUGCAAUCACUGUUCAGAAGGAAGCGCUCCUUGUUAUCUUUUAAGGACAAAAAUAUUAUUAGAUAUUGUGGUCACUGUGCUUUAAAAUAUUAUUCGCAUGACAGAUCUUUGUAAUGGUAGUAAACAGUUUAGUCUGUUUUUUUUUACUUUUGGCCUUGAAUGUGAAACACUGGGGAAAAAAAAAGCAAACAAUGCUUUCAGUUGUACAUCCUACUGAUAUAGGUGAUUCAGCAACUGUAGUAUUGAUGCAUUUUGAAAUGCCCAAGUGUUCAGCGAGGAUUUCAAAGAGACCUAACUAGGAGUCAUGGUUCUUAGGUUAAUCUUUUAUUUAUCUGAAGGCUGAAGAAAACUGUCUACUUCUGUGAUAUGAAGUGUGGUCACCUUAAAAAUAAUUCACAAAUUAAUCCCCUCACAGCACUGCAAUUGUAAAAGUGUUAGGUUUAGCUAGGCUUGUCUGAUUGCCUUAUCAGAGGGACAUCCCAGACCCAAAAAUCUUGUGUGUUUUAAUUAUUAAUCCCACCAUUUCUGCCCACAAAACCCUUUCUGCAGAGUCAUCCUCACACCAGAAGGCUAAAAUAAAAACUUCUACCAGUGAUGUAUGUGAAGGCAUGCAGGAUUUUUAACCUUCGGAAAGCUGACCUAUAACAAUAAUUGGUAAAUUGAUCUACCUGCAGCAUCGAAUAGUUUGCAUUCUUUACCCCAUCUUUAGUCAUGUUAUCUGUUGUUUUUCAUUGCAAACCCAUUGAUAGCUACCAGUGCAAGUUCAUUUCAAUAAAGUUAAUUGUGGAGCUACUACUUAGUAUUUGUAAAAGUAUCCAUAACUGUGCCAUAAAUUAAUUAAUAGAUGUAAUCUGUUUUCAUUUUCCAAAGUCAAAAAAAUCUUACAUUUUAAAUCUAUGUCUGCUUGAUCAACUUUGGGUAUAUAUGCUUCUAUUUCAAGGUAGAAAUCUGUUGCUCUAGGCAGCCCUUUUUUAAACAGAAUGAAUGUUUUGAUAAUUUGGUUUGGGGCCUCAUGAAGAGACAGCAUAGUCAAGCAUGGAAUGAAGAUAGUUUAAGAGCUUUUUAACCAUUGUUGCAGUUUUCUAAACAACAAAGACUAUUUGUCUUUACCAGAAUAUUAUUUAAAACUUCCCCCUUUACAAUGAAAUCAAGGUGUGAGGUUUGGUUUUGGUGUUUUUUAGUUCUCUAGCAGGACAUUACAUUCUGUAUGUUUCUUUUGUGAUAUGCACCCAAAUGCACCCAAAUGCACCCAAAACCAUAGUAACAGUGAGGAGCCCAAUGCUGCAAGCCCUCCCAGGAGUCCAAAGUUUGGCCAUUCAUUUAGCUUGCCUAAUAUUGCCCUUUUUGCACAUCACAGAUUCUCUUCUUCUC